AUGUGUCUCAUCCCAGCUGGAAAGGCACAUCAGUCAGUUCACACACGGAGGAAACCGUUCACAUGCUCAGACUGUGGGAAGGGAUUUUUUUGGUCGUCCCAACUGCUGAUACACCAGCGAGUUCACACUGGGGAGAGGCCGUUCACCUGUUCUAUGUGUGGGAAGGGAUUCACUCAGUUAUGCAACCUGCAAGCACACCAGUCAGUUCACAGUGGGGAGAGGCCACACAGCUGUUCUAUGUGUGGGAAAGGAUUCACCCAGUUAUGCAGCUUACAGGCACACCAUUCGUUUCACAGUGGGGAGAGGCCAUUUACGUGUUCUGAAUGUGGGAAGGGAUUCACUCGAUCAUCCACCCUUAUGUCACAUUACCGAGUUCACAUUGGGAAGAAACCAUUCACCUGCAAUAAAUGUGGUAAGGGAUUCUCUAAGUUAUCCAACCUGCAGAGACACAACCGCAUUCACACUGGGGAGAGACUGAAGAAGAUGAGCUGA